UCAUAUAUCUCCUUGUUCUCUUUCGUUUCAUCUAGAAACCUAACCUAUUUUCAAUCAUGGCUGACCGUGGCGGCGAGCGAGGUGGAGAGCGUGGUGGUUUUGGCCGUGGAUUCGGUCGCGGCGGCAGAGGUGGAGACCGCGGUAGGGGUCGCCGUCGUGGACCUCGCCGUGAGGAGGAGGAGAAAUGGGUUCCAGUUACCAAGCUCGGCCGAUUGGUUAAGGAAGGUAAGAUUCGAAGCCUCGAACAGAUCUAUCUUCAUUCUCUCCCAAUCAAGGAACAUCAGAUUGUCGAUCAAUUGGUUGGUCCAUCAUUGAAAGACGAGGUCAUGAAGAUCAUGCCGGUGCAGAAACAGACCCGAGCUGGUCAGAGGACCCGAUUCAAGGCCUUUGUCGUUGUUGGAGAUACCAAUGGACAUGUCGGUCUUGGUGUUAAGUGCAGCAAAGAAGUUGCCACUGCUAUCCGUGGAGCAAUCAUUCUGGCUAAGCUAUCGAUUAUUCCGGUGAGGAGAGGGUAUUGGGGUAACAAGAUCGGUAAACCCCAUACUGUGCCUUGCAAGGUAACUGGCAAAUGUGGAUCCGUGACAGUCCGUAUGGUUCCUGCUCCUCGUGGUGCUGGUAUUGUGGCUGCCAGGGUUCCUAAAAAGGUUCUUCAAUUCGCUGGUAUUGAGGAUGUGUUUACUUCCUCACGUGGAUCCACUAAAACACUUGGAAACUUUGUCAAGGCUACAUUUGAUUGUCUUCUAAAGACUUAUGGUUUCCUCACUCCCGAAUUCUGGAAGGAGACACGUUUCUCAAGAACACCUUACCAAGAACACACAGAUCUUUUGGCAAAGCCUACAGGGAAGCUUAUCACUCUUGUAGAUGAUUCUGCUGAUAAGAUUGAUGCUUGAUUUGGUUAAAAGGAUGUAUUUGCAAGACAACCCUUAUUCUGUCUUAAUCUCUCUACAACACUAGUUAUUUCCUUGAAUAUGUUGGCACUUUCUUUUUCCUGCUGCUGAGGAUGAUGGAUGCUUUUAGUAAUUUUGGUUUCAAUUUGAGUUAAAACUACAUUUUGUUUAGAAAUGGUUGUUUGUUAUAUGAUGAGAAUUCCCUUCCAACUUAUUAUUAUUAUAUAUGCUUAUUGUC